AUUACUCACAAAAUGGCUUUUUGGGGAAGAGAGGGGGCCAUCAGCUCUGUCGAGACUUUGAAAGAUGAUAAGUGGCUUCAAAAGUUUGGGGAGGGCUGUUUUAAAAAUGUAGAAUUCCUAGAUUUCUUGACAUACAGUAUUGUGACAUUGUGACUUCCUGGCAUCAGAUCAGUGUUUGAUAUAAUUUUAUGAAUACCGCCUCACAUACUCGCAUCCAUGUGAGGCCGUAAACGUUCCCAUGAGCAGCCCCAGGUCUUAGCUUUACCCACUGAGGGGAAGAGACGUUUGGUAAUCUCAUAAAUACGACUAACUUCUUUCCUCCUCUCCCUUUCCCUCCCUUACCGGAGCCCAACUCGGCUCUUCCCAGACCAGCCGACGAGGACUCACAUGAGGGCUAAAGCUGUGGGGGUCUUGCACUCGGCUAUGCAGUAGUAGAGAGGAUUUAGCAUCUACGCAAGGAGCGGCUCGUUAGACAUUUUAGUUCACCGAUAUUUCCCCUCCAAACAUGACCCUUUUAUCCGAGGACCAGUCCACCAGGCCCCAGCCUUGCCGGGUCCUGGAGCCCUCCAAACAUGCGGGUUCUUUGUACCAGGACGCAAAGGAUUUGACCGGCUCCAAAGACUACUACAUGGACAGCGCAGAGGGCAGUGUCUUCGGGGCGGUGGAGCCCCCCAAGCGCUCACUGGGCCGCCUGAUCCUCCACGGUCUGGUCAUGUUCGGAAGGGAAUUCUGCUACGCGGUGGAGGCGGCGUUCGUCACGCCCGUGCUGCUCAGCGUGGGCCUGCCCCGCAGCAUGUACAGCCUGGUUUGGCUGAUUAGCCCCAUCCUGGGCUUGAUGCUGCAGCCCGUCAUCGGCUCGGCCAGCGACCACUGCCGCUCGCCGUGGGGGAGGCGGAGGCCCUACAUCCUGGCACUGGGGCUCCUCAUGGUGGUGGGCCUCACCCUGUUCCUCAAUGGAGAUCUGCUCAUUUCAGCUCUGAUCGCCGACAGGUCGGCGCGGCGGACGUGGUCCAUCGUGGUGGUGAUGCUCGGCGUGGUGCUCUUCGACUUUGCUGCCGACUUCAUCGAGGGGCCCAUCAAGGCCUACCUGUUUGAUGUGUGCGCCUACCAGGACAAGGAGCGAGGCCUCCACUGCCAUGCUCUGCUCACUGGUCUGGGUGGAGCGUUCGGCUACCUGGUGGGCGCGAUGGACUGGGGUCACUCCAUCCUGGGCCAGCUGCUGGGCUCCGAGUACCAGGUCAUCUAUUUCUUCUCGGCGCUCACCUGGAGCGUCUUCCUCACCGUGCACCUCUUCAGCAUUCCCGAGCAGCCCCUGGACAAGGUGGCGGCCCGGGGACCCUCGGCCAUCAGCACCCUGAGGCAGCUGGGAUCCCAGCGGAACGGCUACGGAACCCUUGGCAAAGAAGCCGAGGACCCUCCACUGCUGCCGGCCCCGGACAGCAGGCCGAGGUCCUUCUCUGCUCAUGGGGAGGCCAACGCCAUCACCUGCAGUUCCAAACCGCCCAAUAAGGAGGCCCGUGAGAGGAUGACACUGAAGUCGCUGCUGAAAGCCAUCAUCAGCAUGCCCGGCCACUACCGCUGCCUAUGCAUCAGUCACCUGCUGGGAUGGACGGCGUUCCUCUGCAACAUGCUCUUCUUCACCGACUUCAUGGGACAGAUCGUCUACAAAGGGAACCCGUACGCCGAGCACAACUCCACGGCCUAUGUCACGUAUGAGCGUGGUGUGGAAAUUGGCUGCUGGGGCUUGUGCAUCAAUGCAGUGUCCUCAGCUGUUUUCUCCUACCUGCAGCGCUUCCUGCUGCCCUACGUAGGCCUGAAGGGUUUAUACUUCGUAGGCUACUUCAUGUUCGGCCUUGCCACCGGCCUCAUCGGCCUUUUCCCGAAUGUCAUCGCCACACUCGUCCUGUGUAGCAUCUUUGGCAUCAUGUCCAGCACGCUCUACACCAUCCCCUUCAACCUCAUUGCAGAGUACCAGCGCGAGGAGGAGGAGGAAAGGAAUCGCCGUGGCGGCGGAGAGGCAGCGCGGGGCACGGGUGUGGACUGCGCGGCCCUCACCUGCAUGGUGCAGCUGGCCCAGAUCUUGGUGGGCGCUGGCCUGGGCGCCCUGGUAAACGCGGUGGACAGCGUGGUGGUAGUGGUCCUCUCUGCCUCCACCGUGUCCCUGCUGGGUUGCAUCUUCAUUGCACUCUUCAUCAGAUGCGUGGAAUGAGUGACCGCCCCUCAUCCAGCCCAUCGCACUAUUUGUAAUAUUUGAAUAAAGACGCUAUUGUAUUGGUAAUAAGGAUUAUUUAUGAUGUCCUUUUGAUGGGUCUCUCGUCAAUUAAUCGGUCAGAAAUCGGAAAUAAGUCGAGUCACAAUGGUAUGCACCAUUUGACUGUGACCAGCAGAGGCGCUGUAGAUACAUGUUCAACUAGUUUGUGGUGUGAAAACUAAAAAAUACAAUUCGGAAAAAGUACAUUUACAACUUUUUUCUCCCCAAAAAAAUACAUAAUAGUUUCACUACUCUCAUAAAAUGGUGACUUAUUCU